AUGGGGCUAGUUCCAUUUGAAGAAGGAGAAAUAAAGCCACAGAAUGAUGGAAAGGCCUGGAACAACAGGGCAAUAGCAGGAGGAAGAAGUCUAGGAUAUCCAAUUCCAGUGGCCAAUUUUUUGGUCCAGUUCUUCUCUGUCUGCGAACAUUUGGGGCAGUGGAAUAGAAGUUUCUGGGGGCUUGUCAACAAUGCAGGAAUAUCAACAUUUGGCGAGACAGGGUGGCUGUCUAUGGAGAAAUAUGAAAAAUUUGCAGAUGUGAAUCUCCUUGGGAGCAUCAGGACAACCCUGGCAUUUCUCCCCCUUCUAAGGAAAUACAAGGGACGUAUUGUUUUCAUGUCCAGCAUUAUUGCCUAUUUUGCUCUGGGAAAUGGUAUUUAUUCUAUGACCAAGGCAGCUAUUGAAAAAUUCUGUGAUGCUCUAAGACUGGAAAUGAAGAAGUUUGGUGUCCAGGUCUGUAUUAUUCAGCCAGGAAAUUAUGCACGCUCUACAAAAAUUCAGCCGCUAGUCAGUGCCGAAGAAAUUUGGAAUGAACUCAGCGAAGAAGAAAAGGCAGUUUACAAUAAGGAGUAUGUUCAAGAGCGGGCGAACUUUUUCAACAGCAUUCUCAGCGAAGGAAGCGCUAAUGGCCAUGAGGUUGUAGAUGCUAUGGUAGAUGCUUUGACGUCUCCUGCACCCAAGGCACGUUACAUGGUAGCGAAGCUGAAGGAAAAAGCACUGGUGUUUGUGUGUGCUUUAUUCCCGACUGUUGUGAUGGAUUCUGUUUUGUCUUAUGCUCUGAGUAAAGUAAAACUUGCAUAG